ACGAUUUGUGCAGAAAUGGUUUCUUUCUUAAUAUUAAUGUUGGGAUGGAUCUUGGACACCACACCCACCCGCCCCCCCCCCACACACACACACACAGCAGUGUGCCAAUUCCCAACCAGAAGACUUAAUCCUGGCAUUGAUCAAACCACACACACGUUAUUCCUUUAGUGAAUCCUCAUCCUCCGACACUACUGAAGGCACACGUUUUCUCAAUACAAGAAGCGGAUUUGCUCUCAUCAGAUUGGAGCUGGAUCAUCAUUUGAAGCGUGACAAGCCAAGAUGAAAUCAAAAGAAAGGGCCAUCAUUUUCCUGCUGUGUGUGACUACUCUCUGUGUGUCUUGGAGAGGAUUUAUGCCAUGUAACCUGCCUCGGGACCAAAGCCUCUGUGCUUGUGAGCGAUGUUUAUCCGAAGAUGAUCCGUGGUUUAAGAAGCGUUUCAACAAAUCUGUUGAACCAUUUUUGUCGGCCAACUACAACCUCUCCGAUGACGAUUUCAACUGGUGGAAGUGCUUACAGAGUGAAAAGGGAAACUACAGUACCUUCAGAGCAACAGUGGCCAGGCUGUUUCUGACGGUUCCACCCAGUCCAGAUGUUCUAGAGUCCAGCCCUGACCGCUGCAGGACUUGUGCUGUGGUGGGGAAUUCUGUUAAUUUGAGGAGAUCACAUUAUGGACCUAUCAUAGAUAUACAUGACAUCAUCAUAAGAAUGAACACUGGUCAAAUGAAAGGCUAUGAAGCGGAUGUUGGGACCAGAACAACUCAUCAUGUCAUGUAUCCAGAGAGUUCUGUGGAUUUAGAUAACACCACCCAUCUUGUGCUGGCUCCAUUUAAGAUAAAGGAUCUUGAGUGGCUCACAAAGGCCCUCACCACAGGAUUCAAAGGACGAUCAUAUGCACCAGUAAAAUCAAAAAUCAAAUCUAAUAUGGAUUUGGUGAUGGUCCUGAAUCCUGCUUUUAUAAGGUAUGUUCAUAACACGUGGCUGAAAAAGAAGGGUAAUUACCCCUCCACUGGCUUUCUGGCUUUGGUUCUUGCCCUACAUAUGUGUGACGAGGUCAGUGUGUUUGGCUAUGGAGCAGACAGCGAUGGAAACUGGAGUCAUUACUGGGAAGAACUCAAAAACAAAAAGUUAAAAACUGGAGGACAUUCUGGAAAUACAGAGUUUGAAAUGAUCCAAGAGCUGGAUGAGCGACAGAAACUCAAGUUUUACACAGGAUUCUGAGCUUUCUCUCAGCAUUUAGAGUAAGGUUAGCAGUAGGUGGCAUGAAGGGAUUUCUCAGCUGACAGAUACCAACCUUUGGGUUUUUGCAUGUCUAUGUAAAUCUCUUGGUCUUGCAAGGCACAUGAUUCUUUUGAAGGAUUAUUUGCAUGUGUUAAUGACUCUAUGAAGCCAAAAUUCCAUUAAUUCAGGCAUUAUUGUCACAUCAUAAUGCACAUUGUUUUCGUCGGAGAACAAG